AAUUCCUUGUUUCUUCUUGCGACCGAACUUAACUUCAGUAUGUCGACAUUAUUGUUGGCGAAAUGAACAUUUGGAAAGGGAAGGUUUUGUCCGAAGUGCCAUUUGGGCAUGUCCUGAUAGUCAAAGGAAAAAUUAAGCCAAAUCCCAAUAAGAUAUGUUUGGAUUUGGCUGAGACUAGUACAGAGAAGGAUUCAUCUGGUGUGGUUUUACUGAAAAUUGAAGCGAAUUUUCGUGAGAAUCAGAUUAUACGCAGCAUGUAUCAUCCAGGAAAGGGGUGGUCACAAGAAGAGAUUUCAAAAAAUUGGAAAAAAGAGACUCCGAAAAAUCCUCUAGUGCCUGGACAAUCAUUCAUCUUUCGCAUAGCUGUUCUGCAAAAGUGUUUUGAGAUUUACGUGAACGAUCAACUGUACGGGACAUUUGAACAUUUAGAAUGCCCCAAUAAAAUCAAAUACGUAAUUGCCACUGGUGAUUUCGAGAAGAUCACGCAGUUCCAUCACAGAUGUUUGUUUCCGCUCAUAUUUCCCAAAUCUGAUCUGAUGCAAAAGGAGAAAGAAGUCUUUCAAAGUGAUGUACCGAAAAAAUAUGAAAUGGGAACGAUUGUUGUUUUAGAAGGCAUAUGCCGCGGCCCUCAGAAUUCAGAAUUUUCAAUUAAUUUCCUCUGCAAUGAAACAUCCAAGAUUUUCCUGAAAUUUCUUGUCCAAUUUGAGAGAAAAACUGUAAUAAGGACUUCCCAGCGUGAGCAGUACAAGGUCUGUCCACUUUGCCCGGAAAAGUUAAGGAUAUUACCAACUACUAACGCUUUAAUGUUCAACGUGGAAGAUGAAGAAACCUGUGGCGAGUUUCCGUUCAAGCGGGGAAAGGCAUUCAGAAUUGCAUUCGGAUGGGGUGAAAAGGCUGUUAUGAUUGCUGUGAAUGGACGUUUCUUCACCUAUUUUAACUUUCCUUUUACACCUUUCGCGAUCUCUACAAUUAAGUGUUGUACAAACGAGGUUGCUGACUUCGCGGUAAAUGGAUUGGAAUAUCAUUCAGACACCUCGCUGCUAACACGGGUCGAACAGCUAUCAAUGUUCUAAUAACUCGCAUGAAAAUGCUUAACUCUAACUGCCGUAUUAUAUGUGCUAGAUCGUAGUAUAUACUUUUACUGAUUGUUAUUGUUAUUAUUAGGUUGUAAUCGACACAAUAAACCUAUUUAAUCAACUAAGAUGUAGUAAAUGUUCAACAAGCUAUACCUGUUUGACAUUUUUUUAUGGGCUUAAAAUACACUAAAACAUCUUUAAAUUCAUAACUAAUAACGCUUAUGUAUAAAAACAUCUUAAAAAUAUUUUCAAAAUUAGUUUUUCUUGAAGCUUUGUACUUCAUAAAAAAAGUGUUUUAUCCUUUUAUGCGGAGGACCUUCGAAAAAUCUUCUGUUGUUUAUAGAAUCCUGCA